CUGCCAUUGGAUAAAUUCGCUUCCUUGUUUCUUCUCACGCUCAGAGAAUUUCUUUUUAUUUAUAGUUGAAUUUUAGUACAAUGGAUUCAACUUUACGUGAACAAGUUAUGAUAAAUCAAUUCGUGUUAGCAGCAGGUUGUGCUCAGGAACAAGCAAGACAAUUAUUACAAGCUGCUCAUUGGCAAUUCGAGACUGCUCUGUCAAUAUUUUUUCAAGAAGUUGCCAUACCUGCUGGAGCCAAUGGAAUUGCUGCACCACAUUAUCGUCAGCAACUGAUGACACCAUGUAACACUCCAGCUACGCCACCGAAUUUUCCUGAUGCUCUAGCCGCGUUCUCGCGGCUAUCGACGACGGGUAGCCCAAGCAACACCGGCGGCAGCUGCAUCGGCACUACUGCUCCGCCCGUGUCGCCGCUUGCUACCCAUCCACCCCCGCCGCCUCCACCUCAUAUGCAAAUGAACAAUUAUCCUGGCUCUCCGAACUCACAGACAAAUUAUACGCCGCUGUCCUGCUCAACCGCGAUCUGCAGUGAACACAUGCCAAGAUAAAUGGAAAAUGUUAGUUUAGGAGCAUCUAUAAUUUAUUUUUAUAAUGGUGCGCAAUGUGAGCUGUGGAAUUGUGUAUGAAAAAUGUAUAAAUAUUUCACGAAACACCCCACUUUGAAGGCAAAUUGCUGGACAAUAUUUGGGGUGCUGUAGUCAAUCAUGUUAAAUAUAUUAUAGAUUAUUGUAUCUAUUUCUAUGUAUACAGCAGUUUCAAGGAAUAAUGCACAAUAUACUUACUAGUUUUAGGUUAUCAGAAUUAGAAAAUUUCUACAAUUUUGAUACCCUGAAAAUAAUUUGUGAGCAAAAUAGAUAUGUGAUUGUAUAAAAAAUCAAACUAAAGUUAAUAUUGAAACUACUUUUUUUAAUUGUUAAUUGUCAUACUUUUUUAUGACUGUGAAUUAAAAUCAACCUAGCUAUUGUAUAAACACAGGUUUAUCAUAUUCAAUGUAUAUUAUAAUUAAUAUUU